CUCAAGCUUCCGCGGGAAGCCUCGCCAUUUUGAACGAAGCCAAAUGUUUCUGCCUGACACAAAACCACAAAACCUACUCUCGACGACGAUGGUUGUGGCGAGAGGAAUCUGAAUCUGAAACCGUUUUCGAUAAUCGAUUCCUUCAUCCAUAGCAGAUGAUGAAGAAUUGAUGGAUGAUUGGUAGUUACAGAAGAAGAGAAGAUGCCGAUCGAAAUGCCCAGAGGUUUACCUUUCUCCGUCGACACAUGGAGUAGUUCAUCUUCAUCGUCGAAGCGCCACCAUUUCCUCACACACGCUCACAAAGACCAUUCCUCCAACAUAGCUUCCCACUUCUCCUCUUCCUCUUCCCCAAUUUACUCCACGCUUCUCACCAAAACCCUUCUCCUUCAACAAUUUCCCCAGCUAGAUGCAUCCUUGUUUCUGGACAUUGAGGUAGGCCAGUCAUUGAUAAUCGACGAUCCUUCUGGCGCCUUCACGGUUACCGCUUUCGACGCCAAUCACUGCCCUGGGGCUGUGAUGUUCUUGUUUGAAGGAAAAUUUGGUAACAUUCUGCACACAGGAGAUUGCAGGUUUACCACUGAGUGUCUCCUCAACUUGCCUCACAAGUAUGUUGGCAAGAAGGGGAAGGAGCCGCGUUGUCCUCUUGAUUGUGUCUUCUUAGACUGUACUUUUGGAAAUUUCUCUCGCGCCAUGCCUACUAAGCCUUCUGCUGUUCAACAGGUUCUUAAUUGUAUAUGGAAGCAUCCUGAUGCAACAAGAGUGUAUCUUAUCUGUGACAUUCUCGGACAGGAAGAGAUCCCUGUUAACGUGUGUCAAAUAUUUGGAGGCAAGAUAUAUGUUGAUAAAGCUAAAAAUCCUGAAUGUUUCAAGAACCUAGCACUUAUAGCGCCUGAAAUCCUUUGUGAAGAUCCAUCCUCUCGUUUUCAUUUGUCUGACGGAUCUCCAGGACUAUAUGAAAGAGCAAGAGCAAAGCUGGUUGAGGCCAAGGCAACUCUUCAACCAGAACCUCUCAUUAUCCGCCCUUCGGCACAGUGGUAUGCUUGUGAAGAAGGGUUCUCUGAUAUUGAAAACGCUAAAAAAAAGAGGACCAGUGAAGCAGUUAAGGAUCAGUUUGGUGUUUGGCAUGUGUGUUACUCAAUGCACUCAUCCAGGGAGGAAUUGGAAUGGGCGCUUCAACUUCUUUCACCAAGGUGGGUUGUUUCAACAACCCCCAGCUGCAGGGCUAUGGAGCUGAACUAUGUUAAGAAACACUGCUUUAAGUCUAAAGCAGCUCUCAAUAACUCUGUAUUGAAGCUUCUGGAUAUGACUGUGGAGACUUCUGAUAAUGUGGAGGCAUUGGUCAAAUCUGUAAGCUGUUUUCCUGUGCUUGAAGGGAUCCCUCAGCCUUGUGUGCAAACUAAAUCACCCGUCAAACACUGCACUGAGGCUAAAGCACCGGAAGAAUUGCCUCUACCUGGCAAACGCUUGCCUGUCACAUUAUUUGGAAGAGCAAGGCUCGGUCUCCAGGAUAUUACCUUUUCACAAGGGAGUAAUAUUUUGCCAGUUAAUGCCCUUUCGGAGGAAGUUUCAAGUGAUGCACCACAAGAAUUCUUGGAUAAUGUGGAGAAUGAUGAAGUGAAAUGCGAUAGGUCACUGGAAAGAAAGGAAGAUUCACAUCCAGUGAAGAAGUAUCAAUGGGAGAGGUCACAGGAAAGAGAGGAAGACUCUUAUCUAGUGAAGGAGUAUAAGCAAUCCGAGGUUCAGGAAGACACAAGAUUUCAUAAGAGUGCCUCCUAUUCAGAUACUAGAUCCUCAGGCUUGAGUGAAAGUGUCAGAAAGUUGUAUAGGUCAAUGAACAUUCCUGUGCCUCAACCUCUUCCCUCCUUGGUGAGUCUUAUAAAUUCCAAUAAACGUUUCAAGAGGUGAACUGAUUAGUAGGCUUGCUUUCUUGAACUUUGAUCUAUGAUUCUUAAAAUUUUCAAGAAUUUAUUUCACCUUGCUCUAUGUUCAACCCAUCUAUGUUGCAAGAGUGCUUGACAAGUAACAGCAAGUAAUUUGCAGCAGAAAUGCGGAAGUGUAGCAAUCUGUUACAAUACAAUUAUUGUUCUUUUCUCUUUUAAUAAGAGAUGCAUCAAAGGAUGUUGUACACAGGAAUUAGAAUGUAAGUGAGCUCAUGAAUAUUAUAUUAUUAUGGCAAUUGGAUCAUUUGUCCUAAAGUAUUACAUGUAAACGGAAGUUUGUGGCUUGACAAGGAGCAUUAGAAAUGAAGCAGCAAGCUUCUGUGGCCAUAAAAGUGGUGCUUAGCCCUAAACCUGAGCAUUGUUGUAUUUCUGUUCUUGAUUAACUGUUGGAUUGCUUUCCGUGAAUAGAUUCAUCCUAUUUUGACAUGGAAAUUAA